AUGAUGGAUUCGACAAGGUCACACGAAUCAGAGCUAUGCAGAGAAUUAUCGGAAUUAGAUGAGCAGCUUGGAAAUAUCGAUGCUCAAAUACAUUCAUUGAAUGCUCAGCGCCAGUUAUUGCUGCAAAGAAAGAAUGAGAUCGAGAAGCUUAUUACUAGAAGGAAAGUGGAGAAAGAAAGCGCACUUGGAAUUUGGGAUUCUGAUAAAUUUGAUUGGAUUCAGGAAUGUCGUCUCGCAUUGCACAGUAUUUUCAAACUUGAUGAAUUUCGCUCUUUACAAAGAGCUGUCAUCAAUGCGGUACUAUCGAAAAAAGAUUGUUUAGUCGUGAUGAGUACUGGGAGUGGCAAAAGUCUUUGUUACCAGUUACCUGCUGUUGUUAUGAAAGGUAUUGUAUUAGUUAUAUCACCGUUGGUCGCUCUUGUUGAAGAUCAGUUGCAUCAGCUGAAAAAGUUAGGCAUCGGUGCAGCUGCUCUCAACCAGUCGACACCGAAAAAUGAAGUAAUUUUUCAUGCAAAACUUUCAUCAUUCUACGUAGAAACCUAUAUUUUGAAAGAUAUACACAGUUUUCCAGAAGAAAAUCAUGUGGUAAUCAUUACGACUGUCUAG